UUAGUACCAAAAACCUCUCCUCGCUCGUCGUUUCAUUCCCGAUUCUCUCCUAAAAUCCCCGUCGCCUUCCCGGCUCCGCACGCAGCAGCCCCGCUCCGCGAAUCGCCGGCAAUGGCCCCCCGGUCGGUCGCCCCGCCGUCUUCCUCGCGCGCUCCGGUCGGGCUCCUGCUCGCGCUGAUCGCGUGCAUGUCCGCGUGCUGCGCUUCGCUCGACAACGGCGACGCGAACACCUUCACCGUCUCCAGCUUCAGCUACCCCGAGACCAGGCUCCGGCCUUACGACCUUCGUUACAUCAGAGUUGAUUUACCACCGUGGUUCUCCUCACUGUCCAUCACGUUGGAAUCAGAUGUAGACCUUGGAAUAGAGAGCAUAGAACAAGUUCCCAAAAGCACUCUGCCCAUGAUAUGCUUUAGAGAUGGCAGUCCUCCUCUUCCAGAUGUCUCCAACACUUCAGUAAAUGGAUUAGUUUUAGGAUCAUUGUCGAAUCAAUCUGUUGAAAGGAUACAAGGACUGCAGAAUGUGGAGCAGUGCUUUCCUAUGCAGAAAAACAUAACCAUUAGGUUAACUAACGAGCAGAUAUCCUCAGGUGUAUGGUACUAUGGUCUUUUCAAUGGCGUUGGAGCUGUGAGGACACAAUCAAAGAUGAUUGUCCGAGGACCAGCCUACUCAUUCAGUGCCAAUGUAAGUGUUGAAGGUUGUAAGGCCUCUGGAAUGUGGGGUCAGAAUUGCAACCAGACGGUUGACUCGCUUUCCUGUACUCCUUUGGACAGCUCUAAUAUCACAGGAAGUCUCCCAUAUGUCGGUUAUAACCAGACGAGGGGAAGUGUGCUGUCAUGCAAAAGUUCUUUUCAGACUUAUUGCUUUAGGAACGAUGAAGUGAAAGUUUACACAGUGGACAUAAUGGAUAUGUCAGAAAACUUGUCCAUCAUCGCGACAAAUCUCAGCUUUAGCUCAACAUCUCCAAGUAACACAGGGGGUGUUGGUAAUUUAACUUUGUUGUGUUAUGCCCGGUAUGGCAGAAUAGCUUCAGCAGUACUUCAUGAUUAUUCUGGUACUCUUGAUGGAGAACCUUUCGUUAUUCAGUCACCCAGGCUUGGUCGUUGGUUCAUAACGAUUUUAUCAGCUAACCUCUCGAAAGAUCAAGGUGGAAUCAAGGUAUCAGACAUGACAGUAUGCUAUUCUUUGGAAGUGCAAAUAGCUGAAUGUCCUGUAGCCAAGGCUGGACCAAGCUGUAUGUGGGAGAAGUACGUGCUUCAGACAUUUCUGAGGAUAUCAGUCCCUUUUGAAUCCUACUAUUUGCCAGUCAGCGAAAAAAUGUCUUCCAAUUCGGCAAACUUCCUUCUUGAGCCCCUUAUAAGCAACAUCUCAUUUGGUGAAUUAAAUAAUACUUGGACGUACUUCCUUUUGGACAUCCCUCGCGGUGCAGCUGGUGGAAACAUUCAUGUCCGGCUUUCGUCGGAUACAAAGAUAAAUUACGAGAUAUAUGCUAGAUUUGGUGGACUACCAUCUCUAUAUAGCUGGGAUUACUAUUAUGCCAACAAGACGAGCAGCAGUGAUGGUUCUAUGUUUAUUAAGAUGUAUAAUUCAAGUGAAGAAAAAAUUGAUUUCUAUAUCCUAUAUGCAAGGGAAGGGACUUGGACUUUUGGACUGAGGCAUGUCAUAAGUAGUAGUUCCAAAGAUCAGACUACCAUGUCGCUUUCACUAGAAAGGUGCCCAAGAAGAUGUUCAUCUCAUGGAGAUUGCAAAUCUGCUCUCGACGCUAGUGGAUUGACAACUUACAGUUUCUGCUCCUGUGAUCGAAAUCAUGGUGGCUUUGAUUGUAGCAUUGAAAUUGUCUCACAUCAAGGACAUGUUCUGCAAUCUAUAUUUUUGAUUGCAUCAAAUGCUGCUGCUAUUCUUCCUGCCUAUUGGGCACUGCGGCAGAAGGCUUUUGCAGAAUGGGUGCUCUUCACAUCAAGUGGAAUUUCGAGUGGAUUGUAUCAUGCCUGUGACGUUGGCACCUGGUGUGCAUUAUCCUUUAGUGUCUUGCAGUUCAUGGACUUUUGGCUCUCUUUCAUGGCUGUUGUGAGCACUUUUGUGUACCUGACUACUAUUGAUGAAGUGCAUAAAAGGACCAUUCAUACAGCCGUUGCUAUCCUUACGGCAAUCAUGGCUAUAACCAAAGCAACCCGGUCAGCGAAUAUUAUCCUUGUGAUAGCAAUUGGAGCUUUGGGUCUCCUAGUUGGAUGGUUAAUAGAGUUAUCCACCAAAUAUAGGUCGCUUUCAUUUUCCUUCGGAUUCUGUUUGAACAUGCUUGACAGGUGGCAGUUUAUCAGGGAAUGGCUGCACAACCUAGUCAAGACAUUUUUUCGGCGGUUCCGUUGGGGCUUCCUUAUAGCAGGUUUUGUAGCAUUGACCAUGGCUGGAAUAAGCUGGAAGCUAGAAACCAGCGAAAGCUACUGGAUUUGGCACAGUCUUUGGCAUGUCACAAUAUACACAGCGUCUUUCUUCUUCCUUUGUUCCAAAGCAACUCCGAUAAAUGGGGAUGAUCAAAGGCCACCAGAUGCAAAUUAUGAAUUAACAAGGCAGGAUUCGUUCUCCAGAGUAGAGUAGAGGCUGAAAAUCGAGUAUAACAGGGUAAGCUGUUUAAUUGUUUUGGAGUUGUCGCUGUGGGGAGUGUAUCCGAUCCAGCUUUAGGAUGAGGGACUCGGUAAGUUGCGUCUCACCAUUCUACCGGCUUAGGACGACCUCUCUCCGAGCUCCAAGCUUGGGGGGCUUUUGUAGGGUGGCAUAGCAGAGAGACUCGUUGCAGACAGAAAAUUGUAAAUUAUGGAGCGGAUUAGGAUGCUCGAGCGAAGAUGGAUUAGAUCAUCCGGCGAGUUCCUUGUAUAGGUAUACAAGUUUACUGUUUCCUUUCUCCUGUAGUGUUCUUUCUUCUUAGAAGGUGGACAGCAUUUAUGUUGAUUGUACCAAAACAAAUAAAAAGCAAUAAGGUUCCUGUGUUAAGAAAACAAAAUAGAAACCAUUAUUUUCCUAA